AUGCUGCUCAGACAUACUGCUCGACAGGCAAGAACCUGUCUUAGGCCUCUACGACCGAGAAGGCAUGCAAGCUCAUUCGCUGGCACCUUUGCCAAUCUCCCCACGGCCCCGAAAGUCCUCGCGUAUGCCUUGAUUGGCGCGGGUGGCGUGGGCUUGAGUCUUGGUGUGUAUCAUUACUACAAGCUGCCUGCAUCGCCGUACCCUGACACAGUGACGGAGCAUCUCCGCAAGGCACUUUAUUAUGAAGGCGCCGGUGCAGAUGCCAAGCAAGCUGUUCAGCACUAUCUCGAUGCAUUAGAAGAAGCUACAAAAUUAGGUCUUGACCAGACGUCAGAUAAGAUGACUGGUCUCAAGAUCAAGAUUGCUGGAGUUUAUGAACAAGCUGGUCGCUUGGACUCUGCUAUUCGUGUCUAUUCUGGCCUCCUGGGUGAGCUGAAGGCUCCUUUGCGAAUGCAGCUACAGGAAGAGGAUCGCUUGAGAUUGCUGAAGCGAGCAAUUGGUACAUCUGUCAAGAUUGGCGAGCUCGCUGCGCAAGUACCAGGAUACAAGGAGAAGGCUGAGCCAGCUUUGAGUUGGGCACUGGAGACUGCACUCAAGGAAACAACCACCAAACAGAAUGGCGACUACAACUGGCUUGGGCCUGAUGAAAUGUCGAGUUUGUUUGAGCGUGUUGGACAUUACUAUUAUGCCGAGGGACGGCAUCAACUUGCUUUGCCUCUAUUUCUGAAGGCCCUCGAAGCACAUGGUGAGACACCAACCUGUCGUACAGUGAUGCUCAUGAAUAAUGUCGCUUCAUCGCUUUCAUCGCAAAGUGGCCAAGUCCCUGUCCAAGAGAAUGCCAGGCUAUGGGCUCAACGAGCACGAGAGUUGAAGGUCAAAGGUCAGUCUGCCGAAGAGCAAGCUGAAUGUGACUACGGCAAGCAAAUGGCUUUGUUCAAUCUCGGUCGUAUUGCUGAAGUCUUGAAUCAGCCUGAUGAGGCGAGAGCACGCUAUACAGAGGUUGCGCGGCAGUCUAGGACUCUCGCACAUCCUGAUGCGAGAGAACUGUCCAGGGAAGCGUUGAUUGCUCUCAAACGUAUGCCAUAG